AUGUGUGAGAAAAGCUUUGCUAGUAUAUCAACCCUUAAAGUACAUUGGAAAACACACACAGGAGAGAAACCAUAUAAAUGUUUGGAAUGUGGAAAGAGAUUCAGUCACAGCUCAGCCCUUAUUGUACAUCAAAGAACCCACACAGGGGAAAAGCGGUAUAAAUGCUUCGAAUGUGGGAAAAAGUUCAUGCAGAGUACAAACCUAAUUUUGCAUCAAAGAAUCCACACAGGAGAAAAGCCAUAUAAAUGUCUGGACUGUGGAAAGAACUUUUGUAUGAAGUCAAGCCUUACUAUGCAUCAAAGGAUCCAUACAGGAGAGAAGCGGUAUAAGUGUUUGGAAUGUGGAAAGAAGUUCAUGCAGAGUACAAACCUCAUUUUGCAUCAGACAAUACAUACAGGAGAGCAGCCCUAUAACUGUUUAGAGUGUGGAAAGAGCUUUAGUAAGAAGUCAAACCUUACUGUUCAUCAAAGAAUUCACACAGUAGAGAAACCAUUUAAAUGCCUGGAAUGCGGGAAAGGCUUUAUUGAAAGUACAAGUCUUAUUAGACAUCAAGGAAUUCAUGAGGGGCAACAGCCAUUUCUGUUCCUUGAGUCUGGAAAGGGAUUAUGGCAGAGCACAAAUCUCACUGCGUGUCAAAGAACCUGCACAGGUGAAAAACGCUAUAAGUGUUUGGAAUGCGGGAAGAGUUUUAUGCUGAGCACAACACUUCUUAUACAUCAAAGAAUCCACACUGGCGAAAAACCAUAUACAUGUUUAGAAUGUGGAAAGAGCUUUAUGCGGAGUACAACCCUCAUUGUACAUAAACGAACCCACACGGGAGAAAAACCAUAUACGUGCUUAGAAUGUGGAAAGAGCUUUAUGCAGAGUAAAAACCUCAUUAUGCAUCAAAGAACCCAUACAGGUGAAAAACCAUAUAAAUGCUUGGAGUGUGGAAAGAGCUUCAUUCAGAACUCAAGCCUUACCGCCCAUCAAAGAAGCCAUACUGGGGAAAAACUAUAUGACUGUCCAGAAUGUGGAAAGAAAUUCACACGGAAUGCAAACCUCAUAAUACAUCAGUUACUCCACACAGGGGAGAAGCCAUACAAAUGCUUGGAAUGUGGAAGGAGCUUUACCCUGAGCAAAAGACUUAUUAACCAUCAAAGAAUCCACACAGAUGUGAAACCUUUUAAAUGCUUGGAUUGUGGAAAAACCUUUAGUCACAGCAUAAGUCUGAAGAGGCAUAAAAAUAUGCAGACAGGGGAAUGUAAAAAGGGCUCCAGUCAGAUGCAAAACGAUAAGAAAACUCAAACCAAGAAGAAACCGUAUCAAUGCCUGGAGUGCCGAAGUAGCUUCAGUCACAACUCAAACCUUCUUAGACAUCAACUAAUCCACACAGGGGAGAAGCCAUUUAAAUGCCAGGAAUGUGGAUCUUGUUUCACUCAGCACUCAAACCUUAUGAGACAUGCGCUUAUUCACACAGCCACACCACCUGCUUUUCUCAUGCUACCUAGCAUGAAGAACAAACAUUGCUCUCAAGGGAUGAUGUGGGCACCAUCCGUGAAGAAAGAAGCGACAUUCCCUGAGGCAGAAGGUGCUUCCUUGGAGCAAGGGCAGAAGGCGCAGGCUCAGGAGCGUGCCCAAGAUGCCCUCUCCUGCGGUAAGGACUCUUUGUGCCUGGAUGUGUUUGGGAAAUCCCUAAAGAGAUUCGACGAGAGGGGGAAUCUUCAUCAACAUCAGACAACCCACACAUGGGAGAAAUCUUUGGAAUGCUCAGAGUGUGGAAAGAGAUUUAGUUGGAACCCCAGUCAUCUACUGCACCAAAAAACCCACACAGGGGAGAAACCUUUUGAAUGCUUAGUGUGUGGAAAGAGAUUCAGUCGGAGUGACACUCUUCAGCGGCAUCAGAGAACCCACACAGGGGAGAAACCUUUGGAAUGCUCAGAGUGUGGAAAGAGAUUUAUUGAGAACAGCCAUCUUCAACAGCAUCAGAGAACUCACACAGGGGAGAAACCUUUGGAAUGCUCAGAGUGUGGAAAGAGAUUCUUUUGGAGUAAUGAUCUUCAAAAACAUCUAAGACACACAGGGGAGAAACCUUUUGAAUGCUCAGAGUGUGGAAAGAGAUUCAGUCGGAGUGGCCAUCUUCAACUGCACCGAAGUACCCACACAGGCGAGAAACCUUUUGAAUGCUUAGAGUGUGGAAAGAAAUUCAGGUUGAAUGACCAUCUUCAAACGCAUCUGAGAACCCACACAGGGGAGAAACCUUUUGAAUGCUCAGAGUGUGGAAAGAGAUUCAGUCGGAGUGGCCAUCUUCAACUGCACCGAAGUACCCACACAGGCGAGAAACCUUUUGAAUGCUUAGAGUGUGGAAAGAAAUUCAGGUUGAAUGACCAUCUUCAAACGCAUCUGAGAACCCACACAGGGGAGAAACCUUUUGAAUGCUCAGUAUGUGGAAAGAGAUUCAGUCAGAGUGGUCAUCUUCAACUGCACCAAGGAACCCACACAGGGGAGAAACCUUUUGGAUGCUUGGAGUGUGGAAAGAGAUUUAGUGGGAACAGCAAUCUUCUACGGCAUCAGAGAACUCACACGGGGGUGAAACCUUUUGAAUGCCCAGAGUGUGGAAAGAGAUUCCAAGACAGGAAAGGCUACAAGGAAAGAGUUCAUCAGUGGACGGUAGGCAGUAUCUACGUCAAGGCAUACAAAAAAAUGGAUCCUCCAUGUUCAGAAGCAGUAGAACGCGUUGAGCCGGCAAUGAAGACCGAGCAGGAGGAGCCAGUGGCCCCCAAGCCGGAUGCGGGAGCGCAAGGGACUGAAGGGGGAGCCCCCGAUGCCUACCGGGGGGGAACGACUGGGCAGCCUCUGAGCUUGAUGAAGCCCCAGAGCAUUAAGCUGGAACCGGAAGAAGGGCCGUCCUCGCAGUGCUGGGAGACGCAGUGGCGGGAGUUCCCCAAAGCCGUGCAGUCUCCUCGGCCUGGAGAGGGGAUUCCACAGCCGCCGGCGUCUGCGUCGUCGGGUAAUACCUCCGUAGCCCCUUUUGAGGGAGCGGCUCAAGAUGAGGUCGAGACCGGAUGCCUGUCGGCCUUUAAGGGAAUGGACCGACAAGCCACCAGCAGGCUGGAUGCGGCCGGUGAGCAAGCUGCAGAGAUCAAGACGGAGGAGGCCGUCGGCUCGGAGGUGAGAUGUCGGCGCUUCAGGCAGCUCGGCUACCGGGAGGCCGCGGGGCCGCGGGAGGUUUACGUCCGACUCUGUGAGCUCUGCCGCUGGUGGCUGAGGCCGGAGACGCACACCAAGGAGCAGAUGCUGGACCUGGUGGUCCUGGAGCAGUUCCUGGCUGUCCUGCCUUUGGAAAUGCGGCGCUGGGUGGAAGGAGGGGGCACCGAGAGCGGCUUCCAUGCCGUGGCCCUGGCGGAAGAGUUCCUGCUCAGGCAGCAAGAGGUUGAAAAACCAGCAUGGCAGGUGAGAGGCUCUCAGCCAGGCAGUGGGUCGCUCUAUAACAGAGCCCCCAGUGUGACCCUUGUGGUUGCCAUGGCGCUCGCCGGACACCUUUCCUGUGUCCUCCAAGUGUUUGUCGAUUGUGGGCCGAGCCAGAACACUGGAGCUGUUGAAAAGGUGCUUGUGCCUUUCCCUAAGGAAGAACGUCCUCUGGGGGAUUUGGAAGUCAUGCCGGGCAUUGGUGCGAACGAAGCAUCUUUGGAUUAUAUGCAGCCAGAUGAAUAUGCAGAUGCCAGCGAGCCGCUGGAAAGCUCCAUGCAAGUGGAACAUUCGCCAAAGAUCUUCCAAAGGUGCACAACAGGGAAUGCUUCCCGAGGCGAGGAAAUGGGAGAAUCCACUGGGCGUCAGCAGAGGCCAAGGAGGCAACAGAAGAACCACACCAGAACCAGGAUGAGUAAACCAGUCUCUUGUAAGGACCACCUUCUACGGCAUCAGCAAAUCCACAUGGCCCCAAAAACGCACAAAUGCUCUUACUGUGGGAAAGCUUUCAGCAGCAGGUCGCACCUGGUUAUUCACGAGAGAAUCCACACAGGGGAAAAGCCCUACAACUGCUCUGCUUGCGGGAAGAAUUUCAGCCGCAACUCUCACCUCAUCGUACAUCGAAGGACUCACACCGGGGAGAAGCCGUACAAGUGCGCUUACUGCGGCAAAACGUUCAGCCACAAUUCCCUCCUGAUCAAACACGAGAGGACCCACACCGGCGAGAAGCCCUACAAAUGCUCCUACUGUGCAAAAAGCUUCAGGCAGAGGUCGUGCCUGACCAUACACGAAAGGACGCACACGGGGGAGAAACCGUACAAGUGUUCAGUCUGCGGGAAGAGCUUCACGUGCAAUUCGCACCUCGUCGAACACGGCCGGACCCACACGGGGGAGAAGCCGUACAAGUGCUCCGUUUGCGCAAAGAAUUUUCGGUGCAAUUCGCAGCUGGUUCGGCACCAGAGGACACACACGGGGGAGAAGCCCUACAAGUGCUCCGUCUGCGGGAAGGCCUCUAGUUACAAAUCAGACCUGAUCAGACAUGAGCGGACUCACACGCGGGAAAAGCCGUAUCGGUGCUCUGAGUGCGGAUGGGGCUUCGUUUGGAAAUCCCAACUUGUCAGCCAUCAGAGAGUGCACAGUGAAGAGAAGCCUUGGCACAGGCCCCCGCUGGCUCUGGGGAAAGCUCUCGUCAUAACUCACUUCUUAUGA